CUGUCAAUGUCAAUCAAUUGAUGUUGCUUUGCUUGUUUUAUCGUGCGUUUGCAAGUUGCAAACUUUGUUUGAUUGUGAUUUUUAAAUAAAAAGUUGAGCAGAUUUAAGCUGUUAACAUGAAUGCGCCACCAACAUUCGAAUCAUUUCUGUUAUACGACGGAGAAAAAAAAGUCCAGAAAGAAGAAGAUACAAAGGUGACGAAUGCGGCUAUAUUUACAGUAAACAAGGAAGAUCACACCCUUGGAAACAUGAUUAGGCACCAACUUCUGAAGGACCCAAAGGUCUUAUUUGCUGGGUACAAGGUGCCUCAUCCACUGGAGCAUAAGUUUGUCUUGCGCAUCCAAACAACUUCGGACUACACUCCUCAGGAAGCAUUCAUGAAUGCUAUCACUGACUUAACCUCUGAACUAUCUCUAUUUGAGGAAAGAUUUAAGGAAGCCAUAAAGGAGAAGAAAGAAGGAUUGGACUAAAUUAUAUAAGGAUUUCUAGAUAAGAUUAUGAAUAAGUAAUAUUUUUAAUAAUAAAAUAAAAAUUAAAA